CGGAGAAAAAGCUUCACCUCGUUCUUCACCCCCUUGUUAUAUUACUCUCUCUGCUCUCAACGAACAUAACAAUACGAAUUCGAAAGACCUCACACAGAUCUAUCGUUCUCUUCUUUUUCUCUCUGUCGUUUCGGUCUCAAACGCUAUGGCGUUUUGGAGGUCCUUGGCGUUCUCCGCGAUUCUUCUUCCACUCUUCAUCCAUGGCGCACUCUGCUUCUACCUCCCUGGCGUUGCUCCACAGGACUUCCAGAAGGGAGAUCCAUUGCAAGUAAAAGUAAACAAAUUAACUUCAACGAAGACUCAGCUUCCAUAUACAUACUAUUCUCUUCCGUACUGUGCACCAGAGAAAAUAUUGGAUAGCGCUGAAAAUCUUGGAGAAGUGCUUCGUGGUGAUCGCAUUGAAAAUUCUCGAUAUGUGUUUAAGAUGCGUGAACCACAAAUGUGCAAUAUUGUGUGUAAGCUUAAGCUUGAUGCCAAAACUGCAAAAGAGUUCAAAGAGAAGAUUGAUGAUGAGUAUCGAGUGAACAUGAUCCUAGAUAACCUUCCUCUAGUUGUUCCCAUAAAACGGGUGGAACCGGACUCUACUGUUUAUCAACUUGGUUUCCAUGUUGGACUCAAAGGGCAGUAUACUGGGAGCAAGGAAGAGAAGCAUUUUAUUCACAACCAUUUGGCUUUUACGGUCAAGUAUCAUAGAGAUACACUUACUGAAUCUGCUAGAAUUGUGGGCUUUGAGGUUAAGCCUUUCAGUGUUAAACACGAAUUUGAAGGGAAGUGGGAUGAACAGGCCACCCGUUUGACAACCUGUGACCCUCAUGCUAAACACACAGUUGUGAAUUCGAACACUCCUCAAGAGGUCGAAGAGAACAAGGAAAUUAUCUUCACCUAUGAUGUUGAAUUCCAGGAGAGUGAUGUGAAGUGGGCUUCAAGAUGGGAUGCCUAUUUGCUGAUGAGUGAUGACCAAAUUCACUGGUUCUCAAUUGUUAAUUCAUUGAUGAUUGUUCUCUUUCUCUCGGGCAUGGUAGCAAUGAUAAUGCUUCGUACACUUUACCGUGAUAUUUCAAAGUACAAUGAAUUAGAAACCCAAGAAGAAGCACAGGAAGAGACUGGUUGGAAGCUUGUCCACGGUGAUGUUUUUAGGCCACCAAACAACCCAGAUUUGCUAUGUGUUUAUGUUGGGACGGGUGUUCAGUUUUUUGGAAUGAUACUAGUAACAAUGAUGUUUGCUGUCCUGGGGUUCCUUUCUCCUUCAAACCGAGGUGGGCUAAUGACGGUCAUGCUCUUGCUUUGGGUUUUCAUGGGAAUUUUCGCUGGUUAUGCCUCGGCUCGCUUAUAUAAAAUGUUCAAAGGAGCAGAGUGGAAGAAAAUUGCCCUCAAAACUGCAAUCAUGUUCCCUGGAAUCGUUUCUGCCAUUUUCUUUGUAUUAAAUGGUCUGAUAUGGGGACAAAAAUCGUCUGGAGCAGUGCCAUUUGGAACAAUGUUUGCCCUGAUCUUUUUAUGGUUUGGGAUCUCGGUUCCACUUGUUUUUGUUGGUGCCUAUGUUGGGUUUAAGAAGCCUGCGACUGAAAGUCCUGUGAAGACAAACAAAAUCCCAAGGCAGAUCCCUGAGCAGGCAUGGUACAUGAAUCCAGUCUUCUCAAUUCUGAUCGGAGGAAUACUUCCAUUUGGAGCUGUUUUCAUUGAGCUUUUCUUCAUCCUCACUUCAAUAUGGUUGAAUCAGUUCUACUACAUCUUCGGCUUCCUCUUCUUGGUCUUUACCAUCCUCAUUGUCACUUGUGCUGAAAUAACCAUUGUGCUCUGCUACUUCCAGUUGUGCAGUGAGGAUUACUUGUGGUGGUGGCGGUCUUACCUUACAUCUGGCUCAUCUGCUCUUUAUCUAUUUCUUUAUGCAACAUUCUACUUCUUCACCAAGCUUGAAAUCACAAAGUUGGUAUCUGGGUUAUUGUACUUCGGUUACAUGCUUAUAGCUUCCUAUGCCUUCUUUGUUGUAACUGGAUCCAUCGGAUUUUACGCAUGCUUUUGGUUCACAAGGCUCAUCUAUUCCUCGGUCAAGAUUGAUUAGUUAUAGCAAUCAGUGGGUUGGAUUAAUCUACUAUACUUCUUGAAGGACGAAGACCAUUUGUGUAAGGAUUUUCAAAUUCAGGUACUGAUGUCAUGUUCAGAAUCAGAUGUAACCUAUUCUAUACAGUUUUGAAUUGUGACAACACCGUUAUUCUUUUGUUUCAAUAUCUUUUACUUGCCAGAGUUGUCGAAGUGUAGAUUUUAAGGUGUACGCUGCAGUCUUAACUUGGCGUUUUCUGUGUUACUUUCGGAGAAUUACAAUUUGGCUCCUUGUCAGAUGAUUUUUUAUUAUUAGCGGUGUAAUAAAAAUGAUAUCCCAACAACGUAGUUCGAACUUA